GCUAUCGCUCUUGUUUGCUAUAAAAUCGCGAACGAAUCAGUAUUAAAGCAUCAGUUAUCUAGCUGUUUCAAACAAGUCACCUACUCCUCCAAAAUGAAGUUCUUCGUCCUCAUUGCCCUCUUUGCUGUUGCUGCUGCCAAUUCCUAUGAUGCUCCUAAAUACGAGGCUCCUAAAUACGAGGCCCCUAAAUACGAAGCCACAAAGUACGAGGCCCCUAAAUACGAAACCCCAAAGUACGAGGCUCCUAAAUACGAAGCCCCAAAGUACGAGGCCCCUAAAUACGAAACCCCGAAGUAUGAGGCUCCUAAAUACGAAGCUCCCAAAUACGAGGCCCCUAAAUACGAAGAAGUCACAUACGCCCCUCAACCCUACAGCUUCGGAUACGAUGUCCAGGAUAAAGAAUCUUACAAUGACUUUGAGCAUAACGAGAAAUCUGACUACAACGUUGUCACCGGAUCUUACCGUGUGGUUCUCUCCGACAGCCGCGUCCAGAUCGUCACCUACAAAGCUGACGCCAACGGAUACACCGCUGACGUGAAAUACGAAGGUGAAGCCAAGUACCCGGAAUACGUGGAGCCCCAAUCCAAAGCUUCUGCUUCCUACGCCGCUCCUGCCUACCAGGCUCCCGAAUACCAGAAACCGGCUUACGUCGCUCCCGCCUAUACUACUCCAGCCUAUACUACACCUGCCUAUACUACCCCUGCCUAUACUACCCCUGCCUACAAAGAGCCAGAGUACACUACUCCAGCCUACACUACUCCAGCAUACAGCACUCCAUCCUACAGCACUAAGGUCUACAAAACUCCAGCGUACAAAACUCCCACUGCCUCCCCUAAAUACUAAUUUCCAACAAUACCAUUGUCUUAAUUCUGGGAUUAUUAUUUAAAAAAUAAACUCGUCAAACAAUUUCA